AUGAUCAACGUGACCAAACUCACUUCUACGAACUAUAUGACGUGGAGUCUACAAGUCAAUGCUCUCCUUGAUGGCUAUGACUUAGCUGGAUACAUCGAUGGCACCAAGACAGCACCACCUAUGCAAGAGUUGCGCUUCAUCAACCAUCCUGAGUUGACUCAGUCGGAGUGGGAGGUGUUGGACUCAUGUUCCAAGACUGUACACCUUGUAGAGUCUCCCUCGGCCUCGGGGCAACAACGUUUUCUAGUCAAAUGGUACGCUCAGAACCAUCAACCGGGCAAGAAGAUAAACUUCUUGUGUCGCGGAACAAAGCGUUUCAUGGUGUUCAGAGAGGACGAGGGGGGGAUGAUCAUGUCUUACACAGAGGACACUGGUGAUCUCUGCAUAUUCUUGGGGAAUAGUGAGCCCUUCUGUGUCAAGGCAAGCUCCUUCCCUGGCUUAAUCCCAAACUCCAUUUGUUUUGCAGGAGAUGGCUUUGGUGUUUACGAUAUAGCCACUUAG